AUGAAAUUACCAUCUUUAUCUAUUAUUGUCCCAAUAAUAACUCUAGGGUUUUCUCAACUAGCUUUAUGUCUACCAUCAUCAUCAGAUACCACUACUAGUGGUACUACGAUACAUUCAUUCAAAGAUCAAGAUACUGAUUAUAACAAAUACAAUUAUUUAUUAGAACAAUUUAAAUUAUUAUUCGCAAAUGACGAUGCAGAUGCAGAUGCAGAUGAAAUUGAUAAUCAAUACAUCAAGACCAAACGUGAUGAAAAUACGGUAAAUUCAAUUGUUUCCCUUUUACAAUCAGUUGAACAAUCAGGAUUAAUACCUGACAUUGUAUUAGAUAUUACUUCAUCACAAACUAAAAUGGAUAAUUUAGCAAAUUAUACUGUGGGAUUACUUUCUACCAUUAUGAAUGGUAAUACAUCAUCAUUAUUAUCUGGAAUUAAUAUUGAUUUAAAUACUACAGAGAUUUUAAAUGCCGUUUUAAAUUCAGGAUUACUUCAAUCUACAGCUGGUGGAUUAAUAUUAAAUAAUGAAAAUAAUGCUAAAUUGGCGGAUUUAGUCGGAGAGAUUUUAGGUUCUCCUGAUAAUGUAUGGAUUGGGUGGUUAUUAGUUGGAUUAGGUAAUGGUGAAGAUUUGACCGUUCCAUUCAUUGCCAAUUUAGUGGUUAAUACAACUAGUAAAGCCAAUACUAAUUCAACUAAUCAAUCGAAAAUUAAAUCAACCGUUGGAGGUAAUAAUCAUAACAACAAAGUGGAAGAUGUGAUAAUUGAUAAAGAUUCAAUUACCGACGAGGAUUUUAAUGAUUAUUCUGGGUCCUUGAAUGAAUUCCUUGAUAAUCUUGCCGUUAAACGUGAUGACAGUGACAAUCAAUAUGCUGGUUCAUUGAAUCAAUUUAUUAGUAAUGUUGGUAAUAGUGUUGCUCAAUCAUCAUUAAUUCAAGCUUCAGCCGGUGAUAUUUUAACAGCAUUAAAUCAAUCAAAUAUACUUGUCCCAACAAUUAUGAAAAUCACUGAAAAUCAAAAUUUAGGUACUUUGGUGAAAACUUUAGUUUCAAGAAUUUAUGCUAGUGGACUCAUUAAUGAUUUACCUUUAGAUACUUAUUAUGAAUAUGCUAAAAAAGAAAAUAUUUUAAGUGAUGCAUUACAAUAUAUUUUAACUGAUCCUACUUGGUCACCUGGUUUAGCUACUUUCUUUAAAAGAAUGGAUGAUGCUGGUGCUUAUCAAAGAUUACAAGAUAAUAUGUAUGGAAUCAAAAAAUAA